AUGAAAAAAAGUAAAUAUCUAUCUUCAUCUUCACCUUCUUCAUCAUCCUCUUCAUCUCUUAUAUCUCCAAUACCAAAAGGAGGACUAUCAGAUUUAAUAUUACUCAAGAUCAUCAAUGAUUUAGAAUGCAAUCAAGAUAUUGUAUGUCUGUUGAUGACAUGUAAAGCAUAUUAUAGAGAAUUUAUGAAACAAUAUGAAAAAGUUAUUACUUUUAAAGUUAGUGAACCAUUUGAAGGAUUUUGGUCAAGUGAAAAAGUUAACUUUGAUUUUCAAGGUGACAUACCCGACAUUUUAGCUUUGUUCUCUUCUAUAGACUCCUUGAAAAUAGAAUUCAUGUCGAUCAUCCCACCAUCUUUUCCAAACAUCACUCAAUGGCCUUGUACUCUGACAUCUUUGUACAUCGAAUCUCCAACAGUCCUACCAGUCGGUAUUCAAUUCCCAGUCACUCUCACAUCAUUGAUUAUCGCUUAUUUCCAUUUUAGUGGAACAUUUUCUCUGGACUUGUCCAACUUGAUAGUUCUUGCAGAUCUAGAUGUGAGAAGUCCGACCACCUCUUCUGAUCUCAUUCCAGCCACCAAUAUUCGCUUUCCCAAUCCAAGCUCAUCUCUCACCAGUCUCAACCUUUGUAUUCCUCUUGACACAACCACCAUGACGCAAUCCUUCUUUCCAACAAACCUUCAAGUUCUCAGAAUGGGUUUAAAGUACUUUGGUAGUACCAAACCUCCACCAACUGUGACAAGGAUGGAUAUACGGUGUGACGUUAAAAUACCAAACAACUUUUUCCCACCUAGUCUCUUGGAAUUAACAAUUGUUCUCGUUCAUGAAGCCACACUGGAUCCUUGGAUGCUUAAACAAGGGCUUAAAUACUUACAUAUCAGAAGUGACAAAGCUUUCUCCAUAACACCAGAAAUUAUACCAGACUCUGUUACUUUUCUGUCGAUCAAUGUUGAUAGCCCUAAUCAAGCUGUAUUCCCAAGCAAAUUAGAAGUACUUUCAACAACGAUCAAUUUCACUUCACCUAGUAAUUACCCACCAACAUUACGUGAAUUGGUUUCUUGUAAAAGUAGUCAUCCACCACCAAUCAUCUACUUACCAACAUCACUAGAAGAGGUUUGUUGGUUAUUGGUUAAAAUCAAAGAUACAAACAUUUAUACACUUCCAACAACAAUGAUAAUCAAUAAUGAUAAUAGUUCACCAACCGACAACCCUCCUCAUUUUAUCCUACCAUACCGUUUAAAAAACCUAUUAGUUUUAAAAUUGGGUGAUUUCAAAAAGGACUUCAGUAUACGAAUAGAUCAAAUCAUCAAUUGUUCAAAUGUAGAACAUUUAGUGGUUGGAUCGAGAUUUAAUCUUAACAUUCGAAGAUUAGAUAAUGGAGAUGUAAUGCUCAACUGUGGUGAUACAUUUUUUGGUGGUAUUUAUCGACAACAACGUAGAAUGGAAAACAUUAGUAUUGAAAAUAGAAGUGCACUAGAUUUCCGUGCACUCUAUUUAAAUUUUAAAGUAAAAGGAAAUCAUAUUUAUAUUUAUCCAAGCAAUACUCCAAUUGAAAAUAAAUAA